AAGAAUGCGUGGAAUUCGUUUCCUGUCGAGCAGCUCUCACACAGCGAAGGAGGAGACGAGGAGUCAUGGCCGAGGCUGAAGUUCUCCUCUGGCUCCCAGAGGACAAGGAGAUCUCCUGAACACACCUCCAGGACCAGAACCAGGACCAGGAGGAAAACAUGGCUGAGCCCCUGCUGAGGAGGACCUUCUCCCGACUCAGAGGCAAAGACCGGAGCCGCAGGAAGACGGAUCCCAAACUGAGUGAAGCUCCGCUCAGACCUGAUGCUGUUCUCCAGAGCUCUUCAUCACCACCAUUAUCGUCAUCACCAGCAGAUCUCAACCCCCCCUCCCCUCCUCGUAACCACAUCACCGUUGCUAAGAAACAGCAGUGGGCACGACAAGGUUCUGAAGCCCUGCCCCCUCUCCUGUCCCCAGCCUCUGCCACAAGAUCAUCUGGAAUAUCCCAGGAUGCACCUGGGCCAGCCUGGUCCCAGAGGAUGGCCCAAGACAAGGUCCAUGGGGACAGGGCCAGUUCACCUUGUGUCCCUGUUAGUCCAGUCCAGCAGGAAGCCUCCCAACCAGCAGGAGGCGCUGCUGAUCCUCUUCCUAUGUCCAUCGGCACCAAACUGUCUGGCCAGCGCACCUACCUGCAGAGCCUGGACCGCAGUAGUCGAGCCUGGGUGUUGUCUUCAGGAAAGUCCCAGGCUUCAGACGAGCUGCGUCCUCAGGAGGACAGCGGCAGCAACAUCUGGUACAACCCCAUCCCUGAGGAGGAGGAUGCUCCUCGGAGGGAGGAGGAGAUAUGGAGGAGGAUGGAGGAUAAGGUGGAGGGAGGAGCAGCAAAGACGGUGGCGCCUGGAGCAGAAUGUCAAAGCAGUGACUGUCCUGUCAUGUCCAACCCGAGUGUCUUCCACUUUGCAGAGGACAUCAGAACAGAGACAGACCCCCCCGCCUCAGACUCUAGCCCCGUCUCCCAGAAGAAAGUGGGCUUAUCGGGAAUAGUGAUUGACAGGGUGAGAUCUCCUGGUACUGUGAGGAAACUGUCUCUGAAGAUGAAGAAACUUCCCGAGCUUCGCCGCAAACUCAGCCUUCGUUCAUCUUCCCGCACUCAUCGCCAUGGAAACGAUAGCAGAGUGGGUAGUGAUGAGUCGACCAAUAAGAAUGCAGCAUCAUCAUCAGUGUUGUCCAAUCAAAACGUGAUCAGCAGGUAUCACUUGGAUAGUUCUGCCCCCCCAGCCCGACCACUGCGACGAGCAUCCAGGGGACGCUCAGCCAAUAAAGGAGGGUAUCUCAGUGACGGGGACUCCCCUGAGCUGCUGCCACGGCAACAUGCCUCUCAACAUAUGACGUCCCAGGAGGUGCCAUGCGACGUGAGCUCGUUCCAGCUGUAUGUGGGAUCCAACCCUCCAAGAUGCAGCCAGAGGGUGACGGGUUUACUGACAGUCCACCUGUUGGGCCUGGAGGAGAUGAAGACCCCCAGGUCAGAGGACAGUAAGGACGUGUUCCUGGCCAUCCAGGUCGAUGGAGUGACGAGAGCAAGGACAGCCAACCUGACCAUGCGAGGCUCCUCUCUCUCCUUAAACCACACCUUCCACCUGGAGCUGGAGCGAGCUCGGCAGCUCCGCAUUGUGGUGUUAACGCCAGCCAGUCGACAUGGAACAGGAGGAACUAAACUAGCAACUGGCCCGAGUCCAGAUGGUCCAAUCAGAAACAGAAUCUGUUGUCUGGGUGGAGUGUCCAUCCCUCCUCUGUUUAAAGGGAGUCGAAGUCACCAGCUUUGUGUGAAGCUAGAGCCCAGAGGACUUCUGUUUGUCAAAUUGUCUCUACAGGAGAAAUGGGACACACAGUCCAACUAUGAUUCAUCUACGCCUGCCGCUGUCUUUGGGGUUGAACUGCACCACCUUGUGGAGAAAGAAGGAUCUACGUCUCCAGUCCCUCUGCUGAUCCAGAAAACUGUGGCAGAGAUAGAGCGACGAGGACUGAAGGUGGUGGGUCUGUACCGACUUUGUGGUUCUGCUGCAGUGAAGAAGGAGCUUAGAGACUGGUUCGAGAGGAACAGUUCAGCAGUGUGUCUGUCUGAGGACCUCUACCCUGACAUCAACGUCAUCACAGGUAUACUGAAGGACUACCUUAGGGAGCUGCCGUCCCCCCUCAUUACCAGGACUCUGUACCAGGUGGUCCGGGAGGCCAUGGACCAAAAACCCCCACCUUCAACUCUCGACCCCCAACUGUCUCAGAGCACCGUGGAGCUGCUGUCCUGCCUGCCACCUCCAGAAAGGGCCACCCUGUCUCUCCUCCUAGACCAUCUCAGUCUAGUGGCGUCCUUCAACUCUUCCAACAGGAUGACCCAUCAGAACCUGGCCGUCUGCUUUGGGCCAGUUCUCCUCACACCGACCCAGGAAGCCUGGAGGGGUGGAGGAGGAGGAGGAGGAGGAGGAGGAGGGAGGUCUUGUAGAGGAGCAGGGAAGGGCUUUAGCCAGGAGGAGAUGGCAAGCGCUGUGGACUUCAAACGCCACAUUGAGGCAUUGCACUACCUGCUGCAGCUGUGGCCAGUGCCAGCCCAUCGCAUCCCAGCAGACGACAACACCGAUGCCUCCCCUCCUCCAUCCCCUGCCCUUACCCCCAGUCCCCUGGGUCCGCUGCCAUUGGCUCUGCCCCCCCAGCCUAAAGAGGAGGUGGUGGUAUCCCGGCGAGGCCGUGGUGGUCUGACCCGGCUGGACAGUCCACCGCCAAUAAACCGGUACGCCGGCGACUGGAGCAUCCUCACAGGACAGGAAGCGGACUACGAUGAGGUGGCAGGAAGCGAGAGUGAUGGAGGCAGUGGAGAUGAAGAGGUGGACGAGAAGAAGGAGACUUGGUCCUCAGGAGUUGGGGAAGGUCUCUACGUCGACGAGUUUAUGGAUUUUGAUGCUCCAUUCAACUGUCGACUCAGCCUGAAGGACUUUGAUACUCUGAUCCACGACCUGGACAGAGAGCUGGCCAAACAGAUCAACAUCUGUCUGUAGGAGGAGGAGGACGAGAAAGAGCAGGAGCAAGACCAGGAGGAAGAAGGAGGAAGAGGAGAAAGAGGAGGGGGAGGUGUUGACUUCAUUUCAGGAAAUUAAACUAUUGAUUAAUAACAAAUACACAUGAGAAAACCUUCAGAUAUAACUUAUAUUUGUUUUUAAUAUGGAGAAAUUCACAUUUAACCUCUUGAUUGGGAGGAAUAAUAUUCAAAUGUGUUUUUCUUUCUCAUUAUUAGUUUUAAUGAUAUUCAUUCAAACAAAAUAAUAUUAACUAUCUCAAAUAUUUACUUGAAUAAUUAAAAUGAAUAAUUAUCAAGAUGAUGAAAUAAAACUAUUUCUGCAUCUUAUCAUUAUGGAACAAAUAAUUUCAUCAUGAAACAGAUUUUAAUGAGAUCAAAAGAUGAUGAAAUGAAGAAUCCUCAAAAUACAAAGAAUAAAAAAAGGAGAAUAAAACGUCUGGAAUGCUGAUGAAAUAUAAUUUUUUUUAUUUAAUUACACAUAAAAAACUGUACUGGCCACAAUAGUUUUCAUGACAAAUUGCACAAACAUUUUUUUACCCAUUAAAAUGGUUUGUGUAGUGAGUCAUUUUUGUUAUAAAUCAUACAAUUAUUAGUAUUAUUAUUUUUAUCAGGGAUUCUCCUAAUCAGAAAUAUUCUUUUCAUAAAUCUAAAGAUUGAAUUAUUUAGAAUUAUUAAGAAUCUUGUUUCAUUAGAAAAUCUUUUCCCUUUUCCAACGGGAAUAAGAGAAAAGAAAAAUUAAGAAACAAAUGUCAGACAUGCCUGGGAGUUUCCUCAUGUGACUACACCUCAUAAAAAUAUCCUGACAGAGGAGAUGAAGAAGUUGUCUAACCAAACGUGGACCAGGUCCAGGUCUUGUUUCUGAACUGGAGGGUGCGCUGUGCCAAAAGAACAAUUAAUUUAUUUCCUUCAUCCAAAGGUAGAUGUAGCUCCAGUAGAAUAAGAAGAAGAACUUGAAUUUCUCUAAUGCCUGUCACAGUACCCAAGGGGGUGUCAGCAUCACCUUGAAGUUCUCUGAGGCGUUGCUGUGGAGGAACCAGAAUCUGACGGUAUCAGUCAGGAAGACGUUUCAUCACUUCCAGUCACAGCGGUGACAUGAAGACUAAACUGUUCUGGGUAUCAGGGUUGGAUAAUAUGGGUCACUGAGGACCAUUGUGGAUCUAAGGUGGUCUAUGAUGGUCUAAGGCAGACUAAGAUGGACUGUCCGGGCUGUUUGCACUGUUAACAAACUGCAUAACCGUCGCUCUGCUGAUACAGAUCUCCAAGUCUGUUCUGAGACAUCAUGUCCCCUGCUGGUGGCAGCUGGUUCUGCAGCAGAGUGAUGUGAUCUGCAGUGUAUGUCAGUAUUUUCGGUACAGAGUUUCUAACUGUGAUGGUGUUUCCGUUGUUUUUGUCAGUAUUAUAAUAAUUUGCACAAGGUUUGUAAGCACUUCUGUUUUAUUGAUGACGAUGUUUCUCUGCAGAUAACGUAACAUACGCGUUGGAGUGUGUACGCUUGAAUCUCCCAAACAUCUAUUAAACCAAUUUAUUAUUAUUAUUGUUAUUAA